UUCUAUCCAUCCAAAGUCAGUGGGGUCCAUCGUUGUUUUAGACCCCUUUGACUUUCAUUUUGGACAAAUAUAGUUGAAACAAAAUGUCUUCUUUUGUGUUCUGCAGCAGAAAGUCAGUCAUCAAAUGAUGUGUCAAGUCUGAAAUGACAUUUAAUUUUUAGGUGAACUAUAUCCUUUCAAAAUUAACUAGAAUAAUAUCACAAACUCAUUUCAUAUUUACAUCAAAAACAAGUCAAGAACAGUAAUGAACAGAAUGGAGGUUAACAUUUGUGCUGUGCAUUUGUAAUGAGACUGUUUAGCACUUAUUCCCCGGGGAUUUUAAAGCUGACCAAUUAAUCACACACACACACACACACACGUUUGUUUUUGUGAAAAGUGGGGACAUCCCAUAGGCGUAAUGGUUUUUAUACUGUACAAACUGUAUAAUCUAUCGCCCUUCACCAACCCUACCCCUUAACCUAACCCUCACAGGAAACUUUUUGCAUUUUUACUUUCUCAAAAAACUCAUUCAGUAUGGUUUAUAAGCGUUUUGAAAAAUAGGGACAUGGGUUAUGUCCUCAUAAGUAAUGGGUUAUGUCCUCUUUGUAAUACCUGUCAUGUCAUUAUACAGAGUUGUGUCCUGAUAUAUCACAAAAACAAGAGCACACACAUGCACCACUUCUUGAAUAUAAAAUGCCACAUACGAAAACUAGUUGACUGAUUCUUCAUGAAAGAGCAUGCAAAGGUUUCCAGAAAAGAUCUGACUGAUACCUGUACUUCCUUACAGUUCACUUAAAGCGAAAUCAUCAUCGUUUUUUUUCUUUUCUUUUUUAACAGAUAUUUAGCAUUUGGAAGACUGGAUACCUCUUGCAUGACAGUGGGUCUUUGACAUCGCACUACAAUGACUGCUGUCUCCCUGCAGUGAGCAUUCUGAGGUUAUGCUGCCCGAAAGUUCCCAGUUGAGUCUGAGUGAAAGAGAAAAGGGCUAAAGCCAGCGCACUUUACAGCCUCACCCACAAACCUGACCGUAAGCAAUGAGUGACCCUCAGGAUGCCAGUGACAUCACUUCUGCCGCAGGCUUGAUGAGACAUUUGCCUGUUGUAGUGCAUUCUCCGCCCCAGUGCUGUGAGGAUGAUGAUGAUGAUGAUGAAGGGGACUUGAACAAGACACUGGGAGUGCAGCGCUUCCAGCAGAUCCUUACACCUGCCCAGCGUUUGCCCAUCGAACAACACCGCUCCUUUAAUGAGGAGGACUUUGAGUAUCACCGUCACACCUCUCUACACGUUCACCACCCUCUGUCUAAACACCUCCCAGAAGUCCGGAGGAAAAAGCCAGGAAGAAAGCGGAAGGACUUAGGACGGAGGAGGAGUUCAUCUAUGGGAGCUGCUCCCCCGAUAGAUGAGGAUGAUGAGGAUGAAGAGCUGGAUGAAGAUUCCUGUAGCCAGCAGGACAAAGAGGGCAAUGUCACCACCACGCCUACACCGGACACGGACACAGAGGUGGAUGCUGAGCAGGCACAGUUUUUCGUAUCAGAAGACGAUCCUGACUCCACUGUAAAGAAGAACGGUAAAGUCUCGCCACAUCGAAAGCUGUCAAUCAUACCCCAUUCAACGCUUCAGACCAGUAUCAGCAUCCCAGAAGAUGUUACAGCAACCGUCCGCAGGGGCGGAAAUUGGGUUUGUAAUAUGCCCAAAGGCAGACGAGUUUCUGCACCAUGUUUGUUUCCAAGUUUGAGUUCUCCAGACGGCAGCUUUAAGCCCAGCCGCAGCUAUGACCUGCAGGAGCGCCGCCGCACGGGCAACAUGACGGGCACCACACUACACUACCAAUACAUGCCCACUGAUGAGAGCGAGGCACAGACGCUCGCCACGGUCGACCUGGAUGGCAUUAAAAGUCACAGGUUUGAAGAUGUCCCUGGUGUGCGGCGGCACCUGGUUAAGAAGAACGCUAAAGGUCAGGUGGUUCACAUCGGCAAGGACCACAAAGAACCCAGCAGUCGCAUCCGGACCAAGUUGGAUCGAACCCCACAUGAGGUGUUUGUUGAGCUGAAUGAGUUACUGAUGGAUAAGAACCAGGAGAUGCACUGGAAGGAAACGGCUCGCUGGAUAAAGUUUGAGGAGGACGUGGAGGAGGAGACGGAGCGCUGGGGCAAACCUCAUGUAGCUUCACUCUCAUUCCGCAGCCUGCUGGAGCUCCGCAGGACCAUUUCACACGGUGCAGUGUUGUUGGACCUGGACCAGAAGACGCUGCCUGGUAUUGCUCAUCAGGUUGUAGAGCAGAUGAUUAUCUCCGAUCAGAUCACAGCACAGGACAGAUCCAAUGUGCUCCGAGCCCUGCUCCUCAAACACAGUCAUCCAAGUGAUGGCAAGGAGCACAGUUUGUUUAACCGGAACAUCUCAGCAUCCAGCCUUGGCUCUCUCAUAUCACAUUACCAUAGCAGUAACCACAUCGCCGCACCGGAGCCCUACACCACAGACCCGCUCAUCGGAGGACUACGUAACUUUGAGUCACGCAGAAGUGUAGACUUCGAUAAGAAUGAGAAAGACACACCCCAGUUUUUUGGUUUGCACAAGACCAAAUCCAAACAUGAGCUGAAGCUGCUUGAGAAGAUUCCAGAGGAUGCAGAAGCAACGGUUGUCCUUGUGGGGAGUGUGGAUUUCCUGGAUCAGCCCACCAUGGCCUUCGUGAGACUGCAGGAAGCGGUUCUGUUAGAGUCAGUUCUAGAAGUGCCAAUUCCAGUUCGGUUUCUUUUCGUGCUGCUUGGCCCACCCAGUGCCAACAUUGACUAUCACCAAAUCGGCCGCUCCAUAUCAACACUUAUGUCUGAUAAAGACUUCCACGAAGCGGCGUAUUUGGCAGAUGAGCGGCAGGACCUGCUGACAGCCAUCAACAGCUUCCUGGACUGCAGUAUUGUGCUUCCUCCAUCCGACGUUGGAGGAGAUGAGCUCCUGCAUUCUAUCGUUCGCUUCCAGAAAGAGAUGCUGCACAAGAGACAGGAACAAGAGGUCAAACUACAGGCCAAGGAAGCCAAGAGCCCCGAGGACAUGGCUCAUCAUCCUCCUCUGAAACCUGAAGACGAUCCUCUUCGGAGGACGGGUCGGCUGUUUGGUGGGGUUAUCCGAGAUGCACAGCGCCGCUACCCCAAAUACAUCAGUGAUUUUAAGGAUGCCCUAAGUCCACAAUGCAUGGCCACAGUCAUAUUCAUUUACUUUGCUGCACUUUCUCCUGCCAUUACCUUUGGAGGACUAUUGGGUGAAAAGACGGAUGGUUUGAUAGGAGUGUCAGAGCUGAUUAUUGCCACUGCCGUGCAGGGAAUGUUGUUCUGCCUGCUUGGGGCUCAACCUUUGCUGGUGGUGGGCUUCUCUGGACCCCUGCUAGUGUUUGAAGAGUCCUUCUAUUCAUUCUGCCGGUCCAAUGAUAUCGAGUAUCUGACGGGACGUGCGUGGAUUGGAAUCUGGUUGGUCAUCAUUGUUGUUCUCACGGUGGCCUUUGAGGGGAGCUUCCUUGUGCGAUUUGUGUCACGCUUCACCCAAGAGAUCUUCUCCUUCCUCAUCUCUCUCAUCUUCAUCUACGAGACCUUCUUCAAGCUGGGCAAAAUCUUCAUGGAUCAUCCUAUCAGAAGCUGCUAUGGAAGAGAGGAAAAUGACACUGCUUUACCAACACCCACAAGUGACGGCAGGUCUCCAGAUGCCUCGCAAACCCUAAACCAGCCAAACACCGCUCUCCUCUCCCUGGUGCUCACGGCCGGCACCUUCUUCAUUGCCUUCUAUCUGCGUAAAUUCAAAAACAGCGCUUUUUUCCCUGGCAGGCUCCGAAGGGCUAUUGGAGAUUUUGGAGUUCCUAUCGCAAUCUCCAUCAUGGUUCUGUUGGACUACAGCAUUAAGGACACUUACACACAGAAACUAAGUGUGCCUGAUGGCUUCUCUGUGACCAGCCCGGAUAAGCGUGGUUGGUUAAUACCCCCACUGGGCUCAGAUGGCCAGUUCCCCAUUUGGGUGAUGAUUGCCAGCAUUCUACCUGCCCUGCUCGUCUACAUCCUCAUUUUCAUGGAGACUCAGAUCACCACUCUUAUUGUCAGCAAGAAGGACAGGAUGCUGGUUAAGGGUUCAGGCUUUCACUUGGACCUGCUGAUCAUCGUGGUUGCGGGUGGUGUUUCAGCUCUGUUUGGGCUGCCAUGGUUGACUGGUGCUACUGUUCGUUCAGUAACUCAUGCAAAUAGCCUUACGGUGAUGAGCAAAGCUGUUGCGCCUGGUGACAAACCACGCAUUCAGGAAGUAAAAGAGCAGAGAGUAACAGGAUUUCUGGUGGCUUUUCUAGUAGGUCUCUCUAUUGUGAUUGGAGACGUUUUGCGGCAGGUUCCUGUUGCUGUGUUAUUUGGUAUAUUCCUCUAUAUGGGAGUGAUGUCUCUCAAUGGGAUCCAGCUAACAGAACGCAUGAUGCUGCUAUUAAUGCCACCGAAGUACCAUCCUGACCACACCUACGUCCGCAAGGUGCGUACUCUCCGCAUGCAUCUGUUCACAGGUUUGCAGCUGGUGUACCUGGCAGUGCUGUGGGUUGUAAUGUCAACCUCGGCCUCGUUAGCCUUCCCGUUUGUUCUUGUCCUCACUGUGCCAUUCAGAAGGUUCCUGCUGGCCCGAAUAUUUACUCACCGUGAGAUCCAGUGUCUUGACGCAGAUGAUGCAGAGCCUUCAAUUAAUGACAGAGAAAGCCAAGAUGAAUACACAGAGAUGCAGAUGCCAGUAUGACCUCAUUCCUCUCUCGUCACAACCUGCGCUUGCCUGACUUUUUUGUUUUAGUCAGAGGCGUCCAGAUGUACUGCCUGUCUUUUUUCAUUAACCAGUUGUUGUCUCCAUUUCAUCUCCCCAAUUUAGUUUUUGCUUAAAUUAUGUAAACAUUAUAUUUAUACAUAUGUAAAAGUGUUAAGUAGUUGCUCAGUGUCACUUGAACAACUGUGUAUCUGUCACUUGACGAAAGCUUUGUCACCUGUACUAUUAAUGUUGUUUCUGUUUAUUUUUCAGAGUUGAAAGUGUUAUUGUGUUAUGUGUGUGUUGUGGAGGGUUAAAUGAAUUUAUGAUAUCCAUUGUGAGGGGACAUAAAUUGUAUUCAUAAAAACGAACAACUGUGUAGAAUAACAUUAAUGCAAAUUAUAUAUGGUCUAUUUUUGUAGCUAAACAUAAAGUAUACACAGAUUUAUGCUAUAUACAAAAAUUAUAUAUAUAUAUAUAUAUAUAAUAAACAUUGCUAAUUAUUAGCAACAGAACACUGGUUUCAGUCGCCAGUUUAUUUGGAAGAAGAAAAGAUACAUGUUGUUGUUUGUUUUUUUUUCAACUGUGAAUAUAUUGUCUUUUGAAAAUUGUUGCAUAGCUGUUUUAAAACUAUUUUUCUCACCAGAGCACCAAAGAGGCCUGUGUGUUUAUAAAAUGAGAACACUAAAAGAAUCAUAAAAGUAGUCUUAAUAGUUAAAAUAAUAAAUAAAGAUACAAAGUGUCAUUUGAUUUCAUUUAACUAGUUUGAGAGAAAAAUGAAAGAAAAGUAAUUUUUCAUAUGUUAGAAGGAAAUGUUUUAUGGAGUUCAACAGGUGAAGUUUUACACUAUCUCUGGUACGAUAAAGGUAUCAUCUACCACACCUGUGAAAUGUUUUGAUCGUUCAACGCACUGUUUAUAGGUGAUUGUUUGUCUUUUGAGGUACAAAACUAGAAUCUAAAUAAUCUGUUUAAGCAAUAAAUACCAAACCUGUGUAGAUUUGGUAAAAUGCUGUAAUGCAUUUUUCUUAAAUGUAUCUCAUGUACAUUCCAAUCGAAAAGAUGGUCUUGCAAAUAAUUAUUUUUAUAAAGAAGGGACUACAUCUAUGUUAUUUAAUCUGUUGUGUGUGUUUAAUGUCAAAAUGUGUUUUCCCCUUUAAAAACCGACAAGAGUUAAUUUGACUGAUUUCAUUAUGAUCUCACAUCAUACAGUAGUGGGGUUUUUUUCAUCCGAUAGUCAUUUCAGAUAUAAUUUUGCUUUCACAAAGUUGAAAAAAAUGACCUUAGUAAGCAAAGAUAGCAAGUACAAAAGAAAAAGAGCUGUUAAACAAUAGAUUUUUGUGAUUAUUGACAUAUUACUGUAGAAGGUCAAUGAUGUGGGCAUAUGUCUUUGUUUUAGCUUUGUAAAUGUUUAAAGUACAAGCCCAAACCUAAUAAAAUAAUGGAACUGAUUUUACAUUA